CUAGGACUGCACAGGACUGUACGGGCAGGUGAGCUCAACCUCCUCUCUUUUCAUUAUCUCUAUUGUGCAUGUCUAUAUAUAAUAUGUUAGCGCAACAUAAAUCAUGAGCUGUCUAGUGAAUUAGUUGACAAUAAAUCAUGAGCUGUCUAGUGAAUUAGUUUUCUCCUAUCCUAGUGAAAGUCCUAAAAGUGCCCUAUCUCAAAUGCUGGUACCAUUACAUAGUUACUAUAUAAGCUAUAUAUACUGCUAAGCGAAUGACUGGCCAUGUUUGCGGUUUUUUUUUCUUGACAGUUAGGAUCAAUACCAUGAAUGCUUUAGUAGCAUUCAGACAUGAUUCUAUUGCUCAUAGAGGCCAUAUUUGUGUCUCUGAGUUUGCUUAUCAAAUAGGAGUACAUAUUUUGCUAUUGUGAGUUUGCACAUUAAAACACAUUGGAAGGAUAAAUAUCAGACAAAUGAGCAUGAAAGUUGGCCUCCUCAAAUUAUUUCUCUUUAGCUCUCCCUAUUAAAGAUCAAAGUAUCCGGUUCACUAAUUUAAUAUGAUUUUGCAGGUACUGAUUCUUCCCCAAGAAGGGUUACUAGGGGAGGAGGGGCAUACAGAGGCAGGGCACAAAUGGACAUGCAAAUGUAUAGAGGUCACGCCGUCGUGGCUGCACUGGUUCUGCUUACCACCGUCACUGCAGCAAGCCCAACUGGCUACUGGGGUUACCUCUGUGAUGGUGGGAACUACAGUGCGCCCAGCAAGUACCAGCAGAACCUUGAACAGCUCUCCGCCACGCUGCCUGAAGCAGUCGCCUCCUCCCCCACUUUGUUCCACACGCAGGCAGUUGGCUCCAGCCACGAUAGAGCAUAUGCUCUGGCAAGAUGCCGCGGUGACACAGAGGCCGACGACUGCAGGAGAUGCCUUACACAGGCCUUCCAGGACGCCCGGGCUGUUUGCACGUUCAGGAAGGGUAUUUCCAUCUACUACGACACGUGCAGCCUCUGGUUCGCUGAGAAGAAGAUCAAAAUUCAUCUUGGAGAUUCGCAGUCAGUCCUUAGGGCGGAUGGUCCCCCUAUACCUACCCAAUGCAAGGCCUUCCAGAACGAUGCCAGUACACUUAUCGCAGAUGUGGCGAGGAAGGCAUCAGAUUCUUCUCAAAGAUAUGCCACGGGAGAAAAGGGUCGUGAUGAGCGUGCCUGCAACUACACACUAUACACUCUUGCUGACUGUCUACCUGGAAUUUCAGCUGCUCAGUGUCAGGUCUGUUUGGAAGAUCUAACCUCUACACCAGGCCUGAGUGGUGGGCAAAUGGGUGAGCGAAAGGCUACCCUGUUGUGCAGUUACCGUUUGGAGCCUUAUCAGUUCUUCAGGGAUACAAAAGGACACAAGAACAAGACUGUUUGGAUCGUGGUGGGUGUAGCGGGAGGCGCAGUGCUACUGGCAAUCGCCUUGCUACUUUGGUGGUGGCUUCUGUUGUGGGCUGUGAAAUCACUCCAUAGGACCCCUCCACUGGCCACAACUACUUUAAUCUUGGGUGUAUCGAUGAUGAGGGAACCACAGGAUGAUGCAUCGAUGGCUGAGAAUGAAUCUGGCACGCAGAAACAGGGGAUAUUCUGUAGUGUUUCUUCAGAUAGCAGCAAACAGCAUGACACCAUCAUUGCUGCCAAAGCUGCUUUUGCCAAGCCAUUCUUCAUGGAGGUAUUCGUCUUGGUUGUCUGGUGCAUUUGGAAGCAGAAGGAAUAG